UGACGUCGGCAAAGGCGAAGGUUGUGUGAGCAGGAUUUCACGGAACUUCCUCUCUCAGCAUCAGUGUCGUUACGACUUAGACAAACCUUUCUCCGCGAUGGGGGUGGGACUAAAACCUUUGGAAUUUUACGAGUGUUUGGGCGACAGCCCAUAUUUCCGAGAGAAGUUACAUGCGCACGAGCAGGAACUUCAACGGACAAGUCAUCAAAUCAAGGGUUUGAUCCGGGAAUUGAAAGAUCUGUUGGCAGCGGCGAAACAUCUGUCAAAGGCGCAGCGUACCCUGUCCCAUUCCUUACAAACGUUUGACUUCCCGUGCAUCGGAGAUGAGACAGACGACGAGAUGGUCAUCGCCAAAUCCCUCAAGGACUUGGGUAACCUCAUCGCAGGGAUUGAGGACCAUCGUGAUAUAAUGUUUUCCCGAGGCAGCUGUGUACACGCAUUGACUGCGUGCCUUAAUAAUGAAGAGCAAGGAAUUAAAAUAUUUAAUAAUGAAAGAAGGCAAAAAGAAGUUCGAGAAGCAGACUGCAAAGUUUUGUAUGAGUCAAGAACGAUACCUCAACCUAUCUACCAAGAAACAAGAUACGGUAUUGAAAGAGCUUCUUCGCUUCAUGUUCAGCUGGCUGACUUUUUAUCACCAAGGCCACGAAGUUGCCUGCGAUUUUAAACCUGUCAUGAAUGAACUGCAGCUUAAGCUGCAAAAAACAAGAGCAAAUUUUGAAGCUACCCGUGAUCAGGCUGAAAGUUUGAGAAACAAAAUAUUGGAGAGGGCGAUGUCAACUGUCCCUCCCAGUGGUGAAUAUACCCGGGAGGGAUAUCUUUAUCUUCUUGAAAAAAAAGCCUUUGGUUCAGCAUGGACGAAGCAGUAUUGUAUGUACAACAAAGACAAAAAAGAAUUUUCUAUGCUGCCAUACAAUCAAACAACAGGCAAAUUUAACCCUAUAGAAACGGUACGGCUCACAUCAUGUGUUCGGCGUAUGUCUGACUCCAUAGAAAAGCGAUUCUGCUUUGAUAUCACUGUAGAAGGUAAACCUGGUUUAGUGUUUACUCUCCAGGCCCUCUCUGAAGAAGAUAGAAAACUGUGGAUGGAUGCAAUGGAUGGAAAAGAGCCAAUGUAUGCUAAACCUGGUAAAGUGAAUAGUAAAUCUGAAGAGAGACCUCUUGAUGAUAUAGGUUUUAUGUUUGUGAAAAGAUGUAUUGAAGUUUUAGAGAGCAGAGGACUUGAAGAGCAAGGAUUGUAUAGACUGGUAGGACUCAGUUCAAAAGUUACCAAACUCCUACAGAUGGGACUAGACCGGCGGAAAUCUGAAGCUCAGGCAGCUCUAGGAGCACUGGAUGACCAGUAUGAAUGGGAGAGCAAAACAAUUACCAGUGCUCUAAAGACGUAUCUUCGAAAUUUACCAGAACCUUUGAUGACUUUUCGAUAUCACAGUGCUUUCAUAGCAGCUGCUAAGCAGGAAUCCAAGAUGAGAGUUCAAGAUGUUCAUACCUUGGUCCAUCGAUUACCGCAGCCCAACUUCCAGAUGCUUGAUAUCCUCAUUAAACAUCUAAAGAAUGUAAGCACUCACAGUGAGCGUAACUUAAUGACUGUUAGUAAUUUGAGUAUGUGUUUUGGACCAACUUUGUUGAGACCAGAGGAAGAGACUGUGGCUGCUAUUAUGGAUAUCAAGUUUUACAAUGUUGUGGUGGAAGUACUCAUAAUGAAUUACGACAGGAUAUUUAAAAACCGCCCUGAAGUAUCCAGUGUAUCACCCAGGCAUGAUCGGUCUCCAAGUUCUCAAAAUAUAUCGCCUCGAACUCAAACACAGGCACCUUCCACUCUACAGACAGUGCAACAGGAGACACGUCCAUCCCCACCACCACCUGUUAUAACUGGAAAUGGGUCUGUUGUUCAUCAUAAUCACUUACCUGUUGAACGACAGCCGAAGUUUCCUCCUCCUUAUCCUCUUGGUCCUCCUCCUAUAACUCAUGCUGUGAUUAAAACGUACCAUGAUGGCCCAAUGCCAGUCUCGAGUGCAAGCAUGAUCAAUGUAGCAAGUCUGAGAGGGGAUCAUCGAGAAUCUGGUGGGGGCACAAAUCAUCAUUCAGGUUACCCUCCCCCAGGUGGGGGUGGGUCUUCACGAAUGAUUGGUGGAGGUGGAGGUUUGGGAAGCGCGAGUGGAAUGGUUGGAAUGGGUGAUCACCAUUCUAAUAACUUAUCACAUCAUAAACUUGGAAGUACCACUUCCUUAGCUGGUCGUAUAUCUCAUGGAAAUAUUGUUACACUAUCAGAGAGUAAUCUAUUGUCCCUGGGGUCUCAGCAGCCCAUAUAUGGCAGUCCACAUCAUUCCAAGAUGGCUUUCUUAUAUGGAAGUCGAAGAGAUGUGAGUACUGAUCGAGCUGACCAGUCACAGAGUAAUAGCAGCUCAAAUGAAUCAGUAUCUUCUUCGCCCCGUGACUUGGGAAACCAUACAGGUUAUGCACCUAUUAUUUCACCUCAGAAAUAUAGAGGAGGUCAAAUGGAAAGCCAUUAUGCAAAAAGUUAUCGUCCUUUCCAUGAUGCGAUGACUCCAACCCCAUCCUCUAGUUCUACUGCUAGUGGGCGCUCUAGUCCUGCUACUCCUGGUGUCAGGAGGGUGCGAACACUCUAUGCUUGCCUUGGAGAGAAUGAUGGAGAAUUAUCAUUUGAACCAAAUCAGAUCAUCACUAAUGUUCGAUCAUCCAUGGAGCCCGGAUGGCUGGAGGGAACAUUGAAUGGCAAAACCGGCCUUGUUCCUGAGAAUUAUGUUGAAUUUCUACCCUGACGGAGUCUUGGACAUCAUUUUCAACAUUGGACCCGCCACAAGUAGUGAUGAAUAAUGAGAGGCCAAAAUGAGAAGAUCUUAUUAUUUCUACAUUUUAGUGAAGAACUCUAUGAAAAGAGCAGUGCUCUAAACAAGAACUAAAAGUAAAUUGACCCACCAAACAAGAAAUCUCAGUGCAUAUUUCUCCUUGAACUCUCCAGUUAUUCGUGAAAAAGCAACGUAAUGAAUGUUUUGACUGACUAUAGGGCUGUGCUCUUGUAAGCUAUCUGCCAUUCCAUAUAUAAACUUAUAAAGUUUUACAAUUACAAAUAUGAUAAUUUUUGCAGAAUCAUUCCAUAUAUAGAAAUUCCUUGUAAUCAGCAGGAAAAACCUGCAUCUUAUAAGUGCCUCUACCAAAAACUCUGCAUCCACUUUCCCAUAGGCUGCAAAGAGCACACAGUCUACGAGAAUAUUGGGAUUAAUUAUUUCUGUAUUAGAUGUUAUCAAAAGAGGCCAGUUACUGAUCCUUUGCAGUUGCUGAACUGUUGAUUCAUCAGUAGCACCCAUAUUACCAAGUAAUGUCUCAGGUGUUGUAGGUGUUGUAUUAUGGCAAUGAGCAACAUCAAAGAUAAGUGUACAUCCUUAUAGAGUUUCUCGUGAGUUGAAAGACGAGAUUCAAAUUAGGAUGAAAUAACUAAAUGUGAUGUAGUUGUUCCAACAAAGUAUGCGCUUUGCCUCAAGUGGUGAGUGAGUGUAGCUAGCGAUUAUGUAAUUUGCUGAAAGAAGUGAUUAUGCUUGUACAUUGAGCAUGGUAUUGUUUUCAUUUAGUAUGCUGUCUCAGGAAUUCCCCUGGGUGUUAUGAAUGUUUCUGUUCCUAAUUGUACUUAUUUCAUUGGUGUUCCAUGGCCUGGAAACCCACUUUCAACAGCUGUGCCAUUGGGCCUAGCUGAUGUUGAGGACGCAAAUGCUCAGUCUUCUCAAAAGACAGAAAUCUAAUGUUUCAUUGCUAAUUUAUUUGCUCUGUACCCUUGAGGGAGAGCUGGGAACCGAAUGCUUAAGCAGCUGGCACCGUGUGCUUCAUUUGGCAAGUGCUUGCAGUUUGAAGCUUUUCCUCAGAAAAUUGAACUGAACAUAAUUAACUGAGAUUCAGACAUAUCAUAUGAAGCUAUUUUUUAAGCAAUUGGAUUGGUUUUUAAGAACUGGAUGUGUCAGAAACCUGUAUUUUGUGAGUAAUAUGUAGGUCCAAGACCAGAGUAAUAAUUCUAAAAGUUCCUUCGUCCACAUUUGUCCAUAGUCAUAUGCCACUGCAAACAGUACUAAGGUCAACCACCGUAUAUGUAUCCUAUAGAUACCGUGCCAUUUUCAACCCAACAGACUGCUCUGAUGAGGAAGCCUACGUGCUGUCAGUGCAUACACUUGGGAAUCUGAAAUUUAGAAGGCUGUGGUUUGCUGAACUGUAAGUGGUUUAUCCCCAUAAGAAUAAAAUGUAUGUAUUAUUGUGUGUUCAUGUAAUUAGGGGAAAAUGAGCUUGACUUGGUAUUUUAACAAGAGCCAAUGAAUAGAAAAUAUUGCCAAGUUCAGAAUAAAACUGAAGUGUUGAAUGUCAAAGUGAGUUAAAAUAAAAUUUGAAAGGAAGAAAAGUCUAUCACAUAUGUCUCUUGUUAAUAUGUUCAGGCUGCUAAUGGAGCUUUAUGAUGUCUUAUGUGCUGGGGACCACAUGAAGAACACCAAUAAAGUUUACCUGGCAUGGCCAAUUGAAGCCACUUGAUGUUAUAUUAAUGAACUGGCAAGUGGUAAGAAAUUUCUAUUUUGCUAUUUUUGUAUCUCCAGCAAAAGGUCAUGCACGCAAGUCAAACUCAAGACUCAUUAUAAGUUAUUUUUUUCCAAGUGUAUUUUUAGCUUGGCUUGUAUAAACAUAUACAUUUUAUAUUUCCAUAAUAUAAUUAUUGAAGAAGAAAUGCACCAAGUAUUGUUGCUGAUCACAUCAGCAGGACUGUAAUCCAGGGUCCUUUGGUUGUACUGUGAGUCAGUAGUGUUAUUUCAAGAUGUUCCAUUAGUAUCUGUUGUAAUGUUUUACUGCUACAAUUAUAUCUAUUGCUAUCGUGAAGCACUUGUAGAAUUGUUUCUAAUAUUCUAUCUGUGGAAUAUCUUUGCCUCAUUUUGACGUAACCUGAGUAUAUGAGCUGCUGUGAGCCUGGAGAGUUGUUUGUGCAGCUCAUAUAAACCAAAGAUUUGCUGCACAAGAUCUCUUGGUGCUUAUUUUUCUAAAAAAGAAGGGAAAGAAAUGUAAUAAAUUAUUUUCAGUACCUGAUUUGUAUAGAUUUUUAAAUAGUACAUGAAUAUAUGUAAACACCAAUGUCAUUAUAGAAAAUACUUUUGUCAUGUAUAGUAACAAUUAUUGUAGUUAUGCGUUUUUAUUUAAAUAUCAUAUACAAAGUAUAAAUUUAUUUGUAAAUAUAUGCUGUAAAAACAAAUUAUAUUGGCUGUACAGAGUUAAAAAGCACCAGGCACUGUAUGAAAUAGUGUAAAUGUGUGGGUGUUGCUCUUCAGUGUUGUGUUUGAUGGCUGACUUGUCCAGUUAUUUUACAUUCCAAUGUGUAAACUAGGAAUGAAGAGAAUUGUCUGAUAUGUACGAGGCACAGAUGUAAUUGUUUUUCUGUGUGAUUUGUUACCAUAAUUAUUGUUUCCAUGAGCUCAAUAAAUGUGCA